GCUUCACAUGUCUCGACCAAAAACAUUUUUGAAACAAAUUAACGAUGUUUGCAGUCCGCCGUGUAAAUCUCCGAGCUUUGAGCGAGCCAGACAUAUUUGGCAUUCCCCCCGACCAAAACAUCAGCCAUGCCGGCCGUGUCUACGGACUUAGUGUUGUCCUGGCCGUGGUGGCCCUCUCGCAGUGGUUGAUCCUGGGCUGGUGCAACGUCGAGGUGGAUAAAACCUACGAGGAACGCUACGGUUGGUGGCUGUUGUGCACUUUCUUCGCGGUCGUAAUCCUCGCCUGGACGAAAGUGGGUCGAAAGGUGCCGUUCAACUACAUCAUCAUCGCGUGCAUUGUGGAGAGCUCCACUGUCUAUAUUGCCUUGGAGCAGACUAAUAGCAAAAACGGACUAGUCAACUUCUAUGCCGGCGUGGUGGUGGUCGCCCUGAUGCUCGCAUCGAUUUUCUGGGGCGCCUACUUUCCCAUGUUCAUAGUGCCGGGAGACCUGGUGCUCAGUAUCCUAGUUGCCAUAGCAAACAUAAUGAUGAUCCUGUUCUUCCUGAAUGCUUUUUGGUUUGGCUUCCCAGCUAUAUACACGGCAGUGAGAAACACAUUCGCCGUGGUGGCCGUCUGCAUGGUGAUGUACACGGCCACCAUCAUUCACGACCGGCAGUUCGAUGUCCCCAAGAACGAGUAUCUGUUCCUCAGUGUCCUGCAGUUCUUCUCCUACAUGAUCCUGCACGAGCGCAUCCUGACCCUAGCCAAUCAAAACAGCCGGAAUAGCAUAGAAUGCGGUGUAUAAUUUGGACUUAUACAUUAAAACAAAUAAAAAACCAUAAUUUUUUACAGGAAAUAAAUUUUAUAAAAAGU